AUGAGAGCAAGAGCAAGGGAUACCCAUGAAGAGAACAAGAGGUUUGAGGAUGCUCUUGCGGUAUAUGAUAAGGACACUCCUGAUCGAUGGAUGAAGGUAGCGGCAAUGAUUCUGGGCAAGACCGUGGUGGACGUCAUGAGGCAAUACAAUGAAUUUCUGGUCGUCGUUGGCCAUAGAAAAGCUGGCCAGAUCCCAAUUCCAGGGUAUGACACCCCUUCUUUCACAUUAGACUUGAGAAACAAUCAUGGGCUUGACGGGUUUAAGCAAUUGUAUAGUUCUGGCAGCAGGAGAGCUACCUUGGGUCGGCCCUCUGUAUAG